UCAAAUGGAGGUCUGACUUGAGAAGGAUCGGAGUACUAUUUACGGACUAAUUUGGAAACAAGCCGCCUAGAGCAGGUUUUCCUUAUUCGACAUCGGCAAACUGUCGAACUCACGAAGACACGAACGGCAACGGCCCACGCCGCAUAACGCCGCCGCCCUGCCCCUUCUUAGUGUUGCCAAAGCUUAAGUUCUUCCACUCUUUCGUCUCUUCAGCCUCUUCUCAAUUCUCACAUUCUUCUGGUCUGCCCUUCCAGUAUGAAGACAAAAUUUCGGGGAAGGUGCUUCUUCAAGCUUUCAGUAAUGGUGGUGUCUACCCUAUAUCCCUUUCUGCUUGUUCGCGUGUUGCUCUCGCCUCACAUGUUGCCCCUGGAUCUGUCUGGCAUCGUCGGUUGGGACACUGUGGCAGUCGUAUUUUAGAUAGGCUUUGGAAGUCUGGGACUAUUCUUAGUACUUUUAAUUUUUCCCAUGAUUGUAUUUCUUGUCGCUUAGGAAAAUCACAACGUUUACCUUUUCAAGAAGUUUGACAUAAAUCUGCUACUCCUUUAUUUUUAAUACAUUCGGAUGUUUGGCAAUCUCCUGUUUUGUCUACAAGUGGCUUUAAAUAUUAUGUUUUAUUUAUUGAUGACUUUUCCCGUUUUACUUGGCUUUAUCCUAUGCGCCAUAAAAGUGAAGUUGUUAGCCAUUUUCGAAAUUUUAAACUAAUGGUGGAAAAUUUAUUCAACACUCGAAUUAAAAUUUUUCAAAGUGAUGGAGGGGGUGAGUUUGAUAAUUAUGGUAUGCGUGAAAUCUUUCUUAACAAUGACAUUUUGUUUCGGAAAUCUUGUCCUGACACUCCUGAACAAAAUCGCAUCGCUGAACGAAAACAUAAGCAUCUGCUUGAACUAACUCGUACUAUGCUUCUUGAGGCAAAAAUGCCAGCUAGUUUUUGGGUAGAUGCUGUGUUUACCGCUACCUAUAUUGUCAAUCGUCUCCCCACUCCGAAUCUGAAUGGUGCUUCUCCGUUUGAAAAUUUAUUUCACCACUCUCCUGACUUCUCUUUUAUGCGUGUAUUUGGUUGUGCCUGUUUUCCCAACUUUAUUGCCGCUUCAGCAAAUAAAUUAUCUCCGAGAUUAUCUCCGAGAUCUAUUUUGUGUGUCUUUUUGGGAUUUGCCCCUGAGUACAAAGGUUAUCGUUGCUUAGAUCCUAUUGGAGACAAGAUUUACGUCAAUAGGAAUGUUCAGUUUUAUGAAGAUAUUUUUCCAUAUUCCGACCUAAUUUCAUCUCCAAAAACUGCUGCACUACCACAAGUGUCACCGACUAACACUGUUCGGCUUCAUGAGAGUGUUUUUUCCGCCUCCCUACCUGCUCCUACCACUUCGGCCAACCCUCCAGCCACCUGCAAUCCCUCCAAGCCACCUGCAAUCCCUCCAGCUCCCUUCAUCUGAUAGUCCAGCCCCAGCCCGCCCUCAACCCUUUCAAUCUGAGGCACCCUAUGACCCUGACCUCCUCCACACUCCUAGUCGGCUACCGUUCCCUGCUACCCCAACCUCCUCUGCCAUCUGCCCGUCCCCUUCCACGAUCACCACACCACCAUAUGUUCCAGCCGUGACCGAGAAACUCCCUUCACCACUGGCACCUUCACCGACUGCAUCUUCCCCGGUCAACUGUCAUCCAAUGCAAACUAGAGCUAAAUCUGGCAUUUUUAAACCAAAAACUAUUUUUAAUCUCAAAACAGAUAUUUCGGCAUGUGAUCCAUCUUGUUUUUCUAUGGCUAAUAAGGAUGUUAAGUGGAGAGAGGCUAUGGCGGAGGAAUUUAAUGCACUCAUUGAUAAUCAUAAUUGGGAUUUAGUUCCAUUUAAUCCUCGUAAAAAUGUGGUCGGAUCUAAAUGGAUUUAUAAAACUAAAUUUAAUUCUGAUGGGUUUGUUGAGAGGUAUAAGGCUCGUUUGGUAGCUCAAGGAUUUACUCAACAAGCUGGUGUGGAUUUUUCUGAGACUUUUAGUCUCGUUGUUAAGCCCACUACUGUUCGUAUUGUUUUAUCUCUUGCUAUUUCGUUUAAUUGGGCUAUUCGUCAGUUAGAUGUUAAAAAUGCAUUUUUACAUGGCAAUCUGACUGAAGAAGUUUAUAUGCGUCAGCCUCCUGGUUUAAUUGGGCUAUUCGUUUUGUCAUCUCCGCAAAGCUAUUUAUGGCCUCAAACAGGCUCCUCGUGCCUGGUUUCACAGAUUUAGUAGUUUUUUGCUGACGCAUGACUUUGUCUGUAGUAAGUCUGAUAAUUCUUUGUUUAUAUAUCGACAUGGCUCCUCAGUUAUUUAUCUUCUCUUAUAUGUCGAUGAUAUUAUUGUUACUGCUAAUUCCUCAUCCUUUAUUUCCACAUUUAUUUCCUGUCUUGGCCGAUGCUUUGCUAUGAAGGAUUUGGGGGAUUUACAUUUUUUCCUAGGUGUCCAAGCUGUUCGAGUGAAGUCUAGCUUAUUUUUAUCUCACCAAAAUAUGUGUCUGAUCUUCUCACCAGAUUUCAUCUUCACACUCUUAAUCCUGUUCGUACCCCUCUUGCUACGCGAAUUAAACUUUCUCUCACCGAUGGGGAUCUCCUAGCAGAUCCGUCUGAGUAUAGAAGUGUGGUAGGUGCUUUACAGUAUUUAACUAUGACUCGACCUGAUAUUACAUUUGUUGUUCACUUGGUUUCCCAGUUUAUGCAUGCACCCCGUACACCUCAUCUUUUGGCUGUUAAGAGAAUUUUCAGGUAUUUGCAAGGGUCUAUUUCGCAUGGAUUACUGCUUCGGUCGAGCACAGCAUCUCCUACCAUAUAGGCUUACUCGGAUGCUGAUUGGGCAGGUUGUCCUGAUAGUAGCGGUCCACCUCUGGCUUUGCUAUUUUUCUUGGUCCUAAUUUGAUUUCUUGGAAGGCCAAGAAGCAGUCUAGUGUGCCUCGUUCUUCUACAGAGGCGGAGUAUAGGGCCAUUGCUUACACUGUCUGGAUACUCUGCAUAUAUGUUCCAUUUUGUUUGAGUUGGGCUUUCCUGUUCGUGCACCGGUCACACUCAUGUGUGAUAAUAUAUCUGCAUCUUAUUUUGUCAGCAAAUCAUAUUCAGCAUGCCCACAGUAAGCAUAUCAACAUUGAUUACCAUUUUGUUCGUGAGUGAGUUUCCCAUGGAGAUCUUGUUGUCCGACAUGUUCCUACACAGUUUCAGCUCGCGGAUAUUCUUACCAAGAGUUUAUCUCCGCAGCGUUUUAUUUUUCUUAGGGACAAUCUGCGCAUUAUUUCCCCUGCACAGCUUGAGGGGGUGUAACAGUGUAAUUAAUACUUUAAUUAGCUUUCCAUAUUUAUUUAGUUUCCUGAUGUACUCAGAACUCCUAUUAUUAUAUAUAUGACAUCUAGGAUAACAUAUUGGGUA